AUGUGGGCGUGGCUUCCCGCCGAGGGCCCUGGGCUCGCCUUGGAGCGACAGGUGUACGAGGUUUGUGCCUGUGACAAAAAGGCUGAAAAACUUCUGUGUCAUGUGGAGCAUGGAUUGUUGCGGGUAAUAGAGGGAGAGAGGGACCAGUUAGAAGGCAGCAUGGAGGAGGAUCUGGGAACAGGAAGUAUGGAGAAAGCGGAGGCGCCUGAGAAGCGAGCGCGGCCGCGGUCCCCUGGCCCCGGGACCAGAGCGCUGUCUACCCCGACUAAGGUAUGUCUCAAAUCCAUAUCCUCCAAACAGACCCAGGUGAGCGAACACCUCUCCGCGGUGAAACCUAUCCACCGCGGCAGACACAGUCCUAAUCUGUCGGAUUUCCUUCCUGGUCCAGUUUACCUAGAUGCAGUGGUGAAGAAAGGGGACUCAAAUUCCCCUCAAAACGCCUCCAGGGCCUGGGGGCGGUCGUGGAGGACCAGGAGGACGAGGCGGAGGGGAAGAGGCGGUAGGGGAGGCAGCGAAGGCGGAGGACCAGCAGUGCUGGCGAGGGGGACCGAGCCGAGAGAAGGAAGCGUCGGACGUUUCCGUGGUGCGCGCCCACCGCGAGCAGGCGGAACCAUCGUGGGAACACGGCAGGCGGGUGUGCACCGCGUCCUGGGCACAAUGGUCGGGCUCCUCUGGGUUUUCUUCCCAGCGAUCUUCUUGGAGAUGUCCCUUCUCCCCAAAAGCCCCGGCAGGAGAUUGUUGCUGGCGGGAGCCUCGUCUCAGCGCUCGGUGGCCAGAAUGGACGGAGAUGUCAUCAUCGGGGCCCUCUUCUCCGUCCACCACCAGCCUCCCGCCGAGAAGGUGCCGGAGAGGAAGUGUGGGGAGAUCAGGGAGCAGUAUGGCAUCCAGAGGGUGGAGGCCAUGUUCCACACAUUGGAUAAGAUCAACGCGGACCCCGUGCUUCUGCCCAACAUCACCCUGGGCAGUGAGAUCCGGGACUCCUGCUGGCAUUCCUCUGUGGCUCUGGAGCAGAGCAUUGAGUUCAUCAGGGACUCUUUGAUUUCCAUGAGAGACGAGAAGGAUGGGCUCAACCGGUGCCUGCCUGACGGCCAGCCCCUCCCCCCAGGCAGGACUAAGAAGCCCAUUGCGGGCGUGAUAGGCCCGGGUUCCAGCUCCGUGGCCAUUCAAGUGCAGAACCUGCUUCAGCUCUUCGACAUCCCCCAGAUCGCUUACUCCGCUACAAGCAUCGACCUGAGCGACAAAACUUUGUACAAAUACUUCCUGAGGGUUGUCCCUUCUGACACUUUGCAGGCAAGGGCGAUGCUUGACAUAGUGAAGCGUUACAAUUGGACCUAUGUCUCCGCAGUCCACACGGAAGGGAAUUACGGAGAGAGUGGAAUGGACGCUUUCAAAGAGCUGGCUGCCCAGGAAGGACUCUGUAUCGCCCAUUCGGACAAAAUCUAUAGCAAUGCUGGGGAGAAGAGCUUUGACCGACUCCUGCGCAAGCUCCGAGAGCGGCUUCCCAAGGCUAGAGUGGUGGUCUGCUUCUGUGAAGGCAUGACUGUCCGAGGACUCCUGAGCGCCAUGCGGCGCCUUGGCGUGGUGGGCGAGUUCUCACUCAUUGGAAGGUAAACUUCUCUUUCUUUCUCACAUACAUUGGCACACGUGCUUGCUCUCACAAAACUGGGUUUCCUGACUCCAAAAGGGGUGGGAUGGGCUAUAGUGAGCUGAGCAUUAGUUCUUGGUCUCAUUGAUUGUGAUGUCUUCUUGAGAGAAAGAGCAAAACAGAAAAUGACAAGACAAUGAGGUGAUUUCAGAAGAAUUUGGGAAGUUUUUUGUAGGGUAGGUCUUGUCCUGGAGAGUUAUUCUUUAUGUUUGUUUUUUUUUUCCCUGAAGCAAAUGCUAUGUGUUAAUACUUCCUAAGCAUAGAAAUGUUAAUGGUGCAUUGAUGAAUGGAAGGCAACAGUGGAGAUGGAAAAUAUAUAUUAAGAUUUGAAAUUUAGAGGGUUGGCUGAAUACAUGCAUCGGAAUUUUGGCACUUGGUAAUACAAUCUCCUGUAGUACUUACAGGACAGCUCGUAGUGACAUUUUUAGCAUGUGAUUUUUGUAAUUGUAGGUGGUGGACUCCAAAACCUCUACUCUUUUUUGUAGAUAAUAUGUACGAACUUUUGUGGGAAUAGAUUUUCCAUAUCAUUGUAUUUUUUAGUGGGAUUUUGUUUAAUUUGCCACCUUGUAAUACUGCAUAAAGGAAGUGCUAAGUUUUUCCAAGGAACCUACUAAGAAGUUUACCUGAGUAAACUCAUCUUGUAGAUCUCUUUGCCUCCACCUACCUUGUCUAUUGGCUAAAGCCCAAUCAUAUA